GCUGGAUCAUAGACGAUCUUUGCUCAGCUGUGAGUUAGCUGGACUCUGUCAGUGCUGCUGCUGUGAGCUGUUCACGGACCUGUGUGUCUCUGAGAGGAGAACAUGACACCUGCAAGGAUGAACAGGGUGUUUGUCGUCGGUGUGGGCAUGACAAAGUUUGACAAACCUGGAGCCCGAGGCGACUAUGAUUACCCUGACAUGGCCAAGGAAGCAGGUCAGAAGGCUUUGGCAGAUGCAGGAGUCCCAUAUUCUGCCAUUGAACAAGCCUGUGUUGGAUAUGUCUAUGGUGACUCCACAUGUGGACAGAGGGCCAUUUACCACAGCCUGGGCCUGACUGGGAUCCCCAUCAUCAACGUCAACAACAACUGCUCCACAGGCUCCACUGCUCUCUUCAUGGCACGCCAGCUCGUUCGGGGAGGUCUUGCUGACUGUGUGCUCGCUCUCGGGUUUGAGAGGAUGGAGAAGGGCUCUUUGUCUGCAAAGUUUAUGGACAGGACCAAUCCCAUGGACAAGCACAUGGAGGUGAUGAUCAACCGCUAUGGCAUGGUGGCAGCUCCAGCAGCACCACAGAUGUUCGGCAACGCUGGCAGGGAGCACAUGGAGAAAUAUGGCACUAAACCGGAACACUUUGCCAAAAUCGCCUGGAAAAAUCACAAGCAUUCCACCAACAACCCGUAUUCACAGUUCCAGGAUGAGUACAGUUUGGAGCAGGUGAUGAAGUCCAGGAAGGUUUUUGACUACCUUACUCUGCUGCAGUGUUGCCCCACAUCAGAUGGUGCCGGAGCAGCAGUUUUGGCCAGUGAGGCCUUCGUCAGGAAACACCACCUGGAGAACCAGGCAGUGGAGAUUUUGGCCCAGGAGAUGGUGACUGACCUCUCCUCCACGUUUGAAGAAAACAGCUGCAUUAAGAUGGUGGGAUAUGACAUGUCUCGGUUGGCUGCCAGAAAGUGUUUUGAAACCACAGGUCUGAAGCCCAGUGACGUCGAUGUGAUCGAGCUGCACGACUGCUUCUCAGCCAACGAGCUCAUCACAUACGAGGCUCUGGGACUGUGUCCAGAGGGUAAAGCAGGAGAGCUGAUUGACAGAGGGGACAACACAUACGGAGGCAAGUUUGUGAUCAAUCCCAGCGGUGGUCUCAUCUCUAAAGGACAUCCUCUGGGCGCCACAGGUUUGGCCCAGUGUGCAGAGCUGUGCUGGCAGCUCCGAGGGCAGGCCGGCAAGAGGCAGGUCCCGGCGGCCAAAGUGGCCCUGCAACACAACAUUGGCUUAGGAGGAGCUGUGGUCGUCACUCUCUACAGGCUGGGAUUCCCUCAGAAGGCCAGCUCCCACAUCAGGGCAGUUCCCACCAGCUCAGCCAGUGGUCUGGAGCGGUUUAAAGCUUACUCUGUCUUCAAAGAGAUAGAAAAACGUCUACAGGAGGAAGGAGAGCAACUUGUCAAGAAGAUUGGUGGAGUGUUUGCCUUUAAAGUGAAGGAUGGACCAGAUGGGAAAGAGGCGACUUGGGUCGUAGAUGUGAAAAGCGGCAAAGGUUCUGUCACCAACGACACAGGUAAAAAGGCAGACUGCACUUUGGCCAUGAGUGACGAGGAUCUUCGGGAUCUGAUGACAGGAAAGCUGAACGCACAAACGGCGUUCUUCAAAGGCAAACUGAAGAUCACUGGGAACAUGGGCAUGGCCAUGAAGCUUCAGACCCUCCAGAUCACACCGGGCAAGGCAAAGCUGUGAGAACCUGUGCUAGCUUGUUUCCCUCUGAGCAACACUUCAAGGACGGAUUUGUUAGGAAACUUAAUUGAAUUUUGCUAAUCAACAAGCUCAUUGAACACUUUUCAUAAUGUGCUUGAUCUAAAGAGAUGAUCCAUAAAGUUUUAAUCCCAGCUGCUACGUUGAUAUCAGAGCACACUCAGUGCCAAGUACUUAGAGAAUUUUUAAUAUCCUGUAAUAUGUUGUUUAAUCUUGUUGACCCAUCUUCUUCAAGUCUGAUAUAAAUGCUGAAACAUUCAGAGUCUUUAAGAGCCACUUGCUCAUAUGCAACAUCAGUGCAAUUUUCACAAUAUUCCAACACUGUAUGUGCCUCUAAUGUCCUGUCUGUCAAAUUAAGCUUGUGGUUUAAAGCCGUUUAGGCCUCAACCAUUUUGAUACAUCAUUUUGUAUAAAAUAUACAUUUGUAAAUGAUAACAAUUAUCUAAUUUUUUAAGAAUAAAUCCUUCACUGACAAUAACAA